AUGAUUCUUUUUAUGUUUUCCCUGAUACUGCAUGAGGUGCUUGCCUCACCCUCAUCCUCCGUGCCUGGGGAACUGCUAGCACUCGUAUCGCCGAGACACGUUGCAGAUACACGCAGCAGAAAAAUACAUAACCUCGAGGCAGCCACGAUGAGCAGCACACAAAAGCUGACGAAGAAGCAGAAAAAGGGCUUUGCAUUCCGCGAACGCAAGUCAGGCAGCAAACGACAACCCCAAGGACCCAGAGGCGACGAUGAACUCGAUGAAAUGGAAGCUAAUGCAGUCCCUGCCAUGGAGGACCAGGAUCUCGCUGUUGGUGACGGCGAUGAAGCUGAAGGUGCAAGAGCUGAACGCGAAAAGGCAGGCAAGGCAGGCGGGAACGCGCAAAGGGAUGAAAGCAAACGUAAAGAGGGCAAAGUGGGCGGCAAAGGCAAAGGCAAAGCAGAGACAGAGAAUGUUCGAGUCUCUGAACCCGUUUUGAAGAAAGCGGGGAAGCGGAAACGGGAGGAUGGGGAUGAGGGAGAAGGAGGCGAGGAUGGCGAGGACGACGCGGGCAAGAAGAAAUCUUCGCAGAAGCCAGCAAAGCGGAAAAAGGGGAGUGAAGAGGAUGUAGGAGGUGCAAAGAAGGAUAUUAACAAGCAAAGAUUCCUUCUGUAUACCACCCCGCGAGAAGCGAUCGAAAAACAUUUUUCUGCUUGUGAUCCUCCUCCAACAAUACGCCUUCUUACGCCGAAGGCAGCUCCUGGCGCGACACAGAAAGCAAAGUCGAAAGGGUGUGCCUUCCUAGAGUUCACGCAUCGAAACGCCCUGCAACAAGCUCUCAAAUUGCAUCAGUCUGAAUUGGACGGUCGAAGGAUUAACGUCGAAUUGACCGCAGGCGGAGGUGGUAAGAGCGAGGUACGGUUGGCCAAAGUCAGAGAACGAAACAAGGCUCUGCUCGGACAACGGAUUGAACGCGUCGAGAAGGAAGCAGAGAAGGACAAUUCAUUCCCUAAUCUUCCUCAAAAACCUCAACGAUUCUCAAUGACAUCAGGGCUCGAACAGAAACUUUCAGCGAAGAAGACGUGGACAGUUGGCGAUGUUGAGGACGGCGAAACUCACAGAGGCGGGCAGAAGCAUCGCGGAAAGAAGAAAUCGAAAUCCAAAGCAUGGGGAACUGGCGUCAAUGCAAUUCCAGUCGGCUAA